UCAAAAUUUACCACUUCACGCUCGCACGGCUUUGAACUAAUCGAUGAUACAUUCCAAACCCUCUGAUCUUCCUUCUUAUACUGUCUCCUCUCCCUUCCGUCGCUCACAUGGGCAUGUUCCGCUAGACAGAGACUAUCGUAGCUUGUUCAAAAUCCAUUCCAAGGAAUUGAACAACUUUUUGGGCACUCACACGGCACAAGGAGUACUUUAUACCGCACGAAAAACGCUCAAUAGUCUAACGAGGGCACAACUCUAUGAACACUCCGAAGACGUAUGUGACGAGGUGCUACGCAGAACAUCUUUGAGAGAUCUAGGUGCCCAUUCCAGAAUGGUUUUUCGUCGAAUUUUACGGAUUGCUGAGUGGCUAUUUACUACGAUCCACAGUGUCUUAUCUUUCUGCUCGACCAGAAUUCCAUCCGAAGCGGAAUCAAGCUCGCGCGAAGCUCUCCGCUUUACUUGAUGACCGUCUGAAGGAUCUGAUUAGCGACGUCUGCUUAGAAAUAGAUCGGAGAUAUCCCACUCACUUUCCCAAGGCCAGACUCGACAAUAGCCAUGAUCGUAACGCGAUCACGAUACAUCAGAAAGUGACUCCAAGUCUCGCCGAAAAACCUUAUGUUGCAGGAGUGCAAGGCAAAAAUGAUACAAUUGGGAAUGAUUUUGCAGUACCUACGGAGAUGAUUCUAAAGGAAUACGAAAACAAGGACGUGUCUUCAGAAGCGCUGGCCGAACCUUUAGAACUACAAAGUCAUGUCGCUCUACUGCCGUUUACAGGAAGGAAAACUGAUAAAGACGAUCUCAUGGAUUCGAGCGCGCCAAGUACGUCGACGAUCAAAAGGCAGAGUCCUCUUUCCCCGAGCUCCAGUGAUUCGUACAAAAACAAUUCGAUUCCAAGCGUCAAUGAAUCUCACAGGGGUCUGCGGAAAUGUUUGCAAACUAAAGAGGGGUGUGAAAAGGAAUUAGCCCAUCUUGGGGUCGUUCUUGAAGACGAACAACAGCGCAGAAAAAUAGUGAACAAAAUCGGCGAAGACGCACAGUUCUGGCUUGAUUUAUUACAGUCGCUGGUUGACUACCCUGGAAUAUCUCAGCAACUCAGGACGACGAUGUUCACAAUUAUGGUCCACCUUUCAAAGAAAUCGGGUCUCUACCCAGAAUGCCUGAUGAUUCACAACGUGAGGAAAAUCGGAGAACACCCCGUCGGUGGCGGUGGUUUUGGAGAUGUCUGGGAGGGUGUCCUUGACUCGUCAGAGGGUUCGCCUCAGAAAGUGUGUCUAAAAGUUAUCAGGGUGUUCCGUGAUUCCCCCAUGGAACAGUUGCUCAAAGGGUGUCUUCGAGAAGCAAUUGUUUGGAGACAGCUGAAGCAUCCUAAUGUGCUCCCCUUUCUCGGAAUAUACUACCUCGACGAUACUCACCGACGACUCUCUUUGGUGUCCCCGUGGAUGGAGAAAGGUAAUUUGAUGGAAUUUCUACAGGCCACACCUUGGAAGUCUGUUAACCAUCAUCUUCUCGCUUCUGACGUUGCUGCUGGUCUAUGUUACUUGCAUAGCAUGAAGAUAGUCCAUGGUGACUUAAAAGCUCUCAACAUCUUGAUUACUCCGCAUGCAAGGGCAUGCAUAACCGAUUUCGGUCUUUCCCGUGUUACCGAUACUGUUGGAAUCCAUUUCACGACAUCAACCGAUCGUGCCAUGGGGACAGCAAGGUGGCUGUCACCGGAGCUUUUGCAGGGAGGCUCAUUCAUAUCCAAGGAAAGUGAUAUAUACGCAUAUGGCUGUAUAUGCUACGAGAUUUUUACUGGACUCCUACCUUUUCAUGAUGUAGUGAACGAGAUGGCGGUUGCACUACAGGUCCUGGCUGGGAAACGUCCCUCACGUCCUUCGGGUGCUGACUCGGAAAUUAUUGACGACUUGAUGUGGUCGCUCAUGGCAAUGUGCUGGAGUCAGGAACCUACUUCUCGACCGACAGCUGAAGAUGUCGUGGAGCGGCUCACUACCAUGAACACUACCUUUGUUCCCGCGCCGGGCUGGGAUGGUUCCAUUUUUACGCAGAUAUGGUAUAAUGUAGUGUAAUCGUAUCAAUUAAACUAUUCAUUAUAACAAGACAUGUACACAGACUCCAACUCGAACAAGGCAUUUUUUGUGCGUCG